AUGUUGGGCGCGCGGCUCAAAUCAUGGAUGGAAGCGCAGCUGGGGCGGGCAAAGAAGCGUAAGCAGAAGCAGACACGGCAGGCGAUAGCGGCGACCACAGGGCCCAUACCACCGCCGCACCUGUCCUCCCCGGAGAGUGCGUAUAGCACGGGGUACUCCACGGAUGGCACCUCCCCCGGCGCGCCGCCCGCGCCGCUCGCCGCGCCGCUCGUCGCCCCGCCGCCGCCUCCCGCGCCGCCCACCACACACCUCUACCACGAACCCGCUAAGCGCCGUACGAAUGCACCUCGGCGUUGCGUGGCGGAGCCGGUGGUGGUGUCAGCGACACCAUCCCCCAGACCACGCUGCAGGAUACGCACCAACCCGUGGCUGGGGGCCACGUCCCCUAACGCGCGGCGGCGGGGGCCCCUACUCCUGCACCAGCAGUCGUUGCAGUGCCCACAGCCGCACCCACCGCAACUGCAUCACGCGCCAUACUCCCUUGACUCGCACCCUGCUAGACUUGCAACCAAGUCACCGCACCUCUCUCCGCAUCUGUCCCCAGAGCCCCACAGGUCCCCAUACUACCGGGGCGGCGCGUCGAGCGACGAGGAAUGCCGAGGAAUGCGAACUAGAGGAAGAGAGACCGCCAUCUUGUCUGACGCGGACUUGGAGUCCGACGGAGACACGGGGCUAGAUGGAGGGGACGAGGACGAGCCUGAUGACACCAUGUCUCCCAGCAGACGACGAGCUAGGAGGAGACGGCCGCCGCGCAGACCACCGCGAUCUGCUGGAGCAACACCACCUCGUAUGCGGCGUCGCAACCACGCACCUUCCGCACCCCCAGUGAGAGAAAGAGAUCCCCUUCUAGAAGCGGAUAGAGAAGCUGAGAGGAAGUACAGAGAGCUUAUACGAGAGGCCGAGAAGCUUCUGGUGACGGUGUCGCGGGCGCCACUUGAACCGCCGCACAACCCGCGGGUUAGGGAGCUGAGAGCUACUGAGGUGGAAGCGCCGCGGCGCAGUCCUGAGCGCACGCACAUCACGAACUUCAUGCGCGCCAACUCGCCGGAGCCGCCGCGCCGGGUGUCACCCGUGGCGCGCCGCUCCCCGCUGGCUGCGCCGCCGCCCCCCGCGCGCCUGCACCCCCCCUCCCCCACCGACCGCCCGCACUCGGAGCCCCCCAAAAGGAAGGCUUACGCUCGUGAUGAGGUGCUGCAAACGUUGGAAGGUCUGCGCAAGAGUCUACAGCAGCAGUCUGCGCUGCUGGCUGUGCAGCGCACGCGACUCGACUCACUAUAGCCGCCAUCUUACUUCCCGUCCCAGCCAAAUCCCUAGCUUAUUAGACCCGUUUAUUUGUAGACCUACUUGUUUUGUUUUGUAGGUUUUAAGCCGUUUGGGUCAAGUGCUAAGGUUAGUCAUUGUCUACGUUAUUAUGGAAAAGUUGUUGCAAGGUAUAGAUACCAGUUGUUUUUGAGUCAAGAGGCUAUUGUUUUUAUAAUUGAGCUCAAUUAUAAAAACAAUAGCCGAUGCAAUGUUUUGGUCGUGUAUUGAAACUCGAUUUGGUUAAUGCAAAUACAGAAGUGUUUGUAAUAUUAUAGGCGACUUUUUGUCUAUUAGUUUCAAGAUAGACAACUCGUGAAACUGUCUUGCUUAUUACACGUAGUUACGAUAAUUCUGAAUUACAUUUUGAUUGGAUUAUUAAGUUUCUUAUAAGAAAAGUUUAUCUGUGACCAAGAUAAUUGCUUACUAUUGAUUCUGAUACUGAUUAUGCUUCAAAUAAUAAGUGGUUUUUGAUAGUAAAGACAUGCCGAUCCAAACGGCCGGUAGUUCUUCCAUAAUCCCGUUUCUAGUCCCUCCAACUUCUAGUCUAGUCUAUCUCUAGGUAGUGUAGUUAGUUCCUUGUUAUUGUUUCGUGUAGGCGAGGCCACUUUCUACUCUUCCAUACUAAUUACUCGUAGCAUCAUUUUACUAGUCAAUAGAUAGUGUAGUUGGUAUUGCUGAUGGUACAGCACUGGGAUG